AUGGCUGUCAUAGCUUCUGAAGACUGGGAUCAAUACUUCGCCGAACGAGGUGAUGUUGCAACUGCCAGAGGGUCCUUGCGAGAGCAGCUGGACGACCUGAGCGAUUAUGUUUUCUCGUCGACGACCUCCGACUUUGCGGUGAUUGAUGUGACACAAGAAACGACGAAGCAAACUAUUGUUACCAAUGCGCAUGAGUUCGACGACGCCGUUCGUCGUUCGCCCAAGCCUAGAACUCGUAUCAUAUCCAUCCACUCACCGAGAACCAUUGCACCGUUGAAAAUCACUUCUAGCCUUGCUGCCAAAGUCUUCCAGACCUACGAGGUGAAAGAGAACUUCCUUCGCGUCCUCCUAUCCUUCGGCGACGAACCUCAUCAGUCAGAAGCCGGUAGUAGUAAUCGAACAUUCGUCUCCUCACCCGACGGGAACUACGUACUCUCAUAUAAGCUCAACUACGUCGAACGCAACCACCGGCCGGGCCAGGACCCGUGGUCCUUCCGCCAUGUCGGCGUCUAUCACCACCACAAGGAUGAUCAAGAUCUCAUCAUCUUGCUUCAUUGUAGCCCCACAAGUUCGCUCUAUGUCAAAUUAGCGCAGCACGUCAAGCACGACUCGGAAAAUCCCAGCGCGACGAGACGCCUGGUGGAAUUCUGCCAUCGCCCCGAAUUGCUGCAUAGAUUGACCCUUGCGUGCUACGUUGACAAUUGGAGACCCUACCUCCGCUACCUAGGUGACCAGUUCUCGAAGAUAAACAACCGGGCCAUGGUUUCGACGGCCGAGCACACAGGAAAGGAGAACUUCGUCCAUGUCCAGAAGCUCAGGAACAUCAUUGACUUCGCUCUCUUCGCCAAUGCUUGCUGUUCGAGCAACCUUGAUGUUGCUCAAUCUCUGGAAACAAGCCUGCAUGUUGGUGAAAAGGAAACCCCGACCUUUUCAACCACCGAGAGCAUGCUUCAGGGUUUCAUCAGCAGUUCCCACGUUCUACAGGACAGGGUCCGUAAUACUAUCGACCUGAUUGGCUACACUCUGACCCUACACAACCAACUGGAGACCGCGCGUUUCGAUCGCGAGAUCAGGGACAUGACUCACGAGUUGAAGAAUCUCGCCCAGGAGACCAGUGUUGUAACGAAGAAGCUGAAGGAUCUCACCGAGAACACAGUAGACGACAGCGCUAUUGUUCGUAUCAUUACCAUUGUAUCGGCUUUCUAUCUGCCGGGCAGCUUCGUAGCUACUAUCUUCGGCAUGAAUUUCUUCGAUUUUGACGCCGCCGCAAGUCGAAUAACAAUCACCGAGGACUUUUGGAUAUUUGUGGCGUUCUGGGCGACUCUGACUCUGCUCACUGGUGCUUUGUUCUACCUCACUUAUCUCAGAAAUAGCUGGCGGAAGAAAUCGAGUCGAUCCUGGUUAUCAAAAUGGUCGAAAAAAGUGUAA